AUGUCCGGGCCUGGGGUUGAUUUAACUCCAGUGGGAGCAGUUGCACCAGCGGGAGUUGUACUUCACUCCGGGCAACAGUUUGUAACACCCGGUGCUAAUGGCCAUGUGAUACGUAACUCUCCCUAUGGUUCCAAGCGCCCGUUGUACGGGUGGGGUGACCUUUUUCGUCCUGGAAAGACAGCAAUUGUCCCCGGGUGGUCAAAUAUUCACAUUGGCGUAAGUUCUCUUAACGCCGUCCCAGGAGCGGACAGACGCAUGAGGACGCUGAUGACAAAGUACCAAAAAAAGUUUAACUGCCUCGAGCACUGCUAUACUUUUCACAAUGUGGGUGAUGAGGACAUGUGGCGAACUUGGAGGGAACUCGCCUUGCUUCCUAUGAAUUCGGGACCUUCGUCGUCGCCAGCACAGUCUCCGCGCCAGAGGGAUAAAGGCACAGGUGUAAAGGAAAAAGCAGAUACUCCCUGCAAGUAUGCCUGCGGCGAGAAGAGGAGGAGAGCGAGCCAGAAUGAAGUCACCACUGCUGAUGUUGAAGCCUCCUUCGGUUACGACGAUGACGUUGACAGCUGUGCCAACUGUGGUAACCAACACUCGCCUUUUAUGUACACAAUAAAAGCAAAUCGGUACCUCACCCAUAACCGUUUGCUGGUCAUGGACGAUGCCACCAAGGAGCACAUUACACAGUUUUUUGUUCAGCGUUGCACCUUACUGGAACAUAUCCUCGGCCCCGUACUGUUUCAGCUUCCCCCACACUUUCCGAAAACAGGCGAGCAUGUGGCUCGCAUUGAAGCAGUUGCUGCCUGUUUACCUAAAAAUAUUCGUGUGGCUGUUGAAUUUCGUCAUGUGUCGUGGUAUGCUGAAGACACUCGAGAGCUCUUGCAGCGUUUGCAGUGGGCACAAGUGGUGGCACAUAACCUUGACGUUUCCGCUGGCUCCGUACAUGUCGACACGGGAGUUCCUUUCAUGUACGUUCGUAUGCAUGGCCCGCUGGGUCGCAAUGUCGGGGAUUACGGCCCAUUGAUUCUUUCGUCGUGGGCAAAACGCAUCGUCGAAUUUGUGCGUGCCGACCGGGAUGGUACCGAUGGGAAGGUGGACGGUGCGGUCACACCGAAGCGAGAGGUUUUCUUUUUCUUUAACAAUGGUGACUCCAGCGUGGGUGGCACAACCAGCUCUGUUGUGGACGCUACCUGUUUGGCAGAAAAGGUGAGAAUGCUCCUGGCGAGGCAGCGCGGAGCCAUCCAAGGGGUUGACUAUGUCGACGUGAACAGCAGUGAGAGCAGUUGUAACGAAGACGACAGGCGUACUGUAAAGGAGACAUUCAUAAUAAGUGAUUAG